UGUCCCAAUUCUAUUCUAUUAUAUAUGUUAUAUUAUAUUAAAUAAAUAAGUAAUAAAACCCUCUAUGUUGGAAUUCCAAUUUUUUCCGUGUCUUGUUUCUUCUCUGCAUCCUUUGAGAUCUCUUGCAUAGACCAACCCCAGAAGAGGAAGGAAAAAAAAUAAAAAUAAAAAUCAACCCUUUUUUGUAAAUCCCCAUCUUUUGUUCUGCUAAAUAUUCGAUUUUUUUUUUUGUUAGUAUCUGCAAUUUAUCUUUCUGGAUCCUAAUUGGGUUUGGUUUUUCUCUUUCACUUUGGUUAUUGUGCUAUGAUGCUUUUUUUACUUUAAUUUCCCCAUGAAAAUUCAUGAAUUUUUAUGAUGAUUUAAUUUUGUUCAGGGUUUGGGUUUGGGGUUAGGUUUAGGGUUUGUUUUGAAUUGGUGUGAUGAUUGGAUGUUGAUCUGGGGUUUGUGCCAUGGAUAUCCCUUUCCUUAUGAUUUAAUUGGGUUUUGGAAAUUGGAACAAUUUUUAUCCCCAAUCUUUUAUGGGAUUCCUUUCUAUUUCUUCAUUCCAGUUGGUUCUAAUUUUUUGUGUUGGAUUUGGGGAUUGGAUGGGGUGCAAUUGGAAUGUUCUACAGUUUCCAUGUUUGUUAUUGAAAGAGGUUUCUGCUUGGAAAUCUCUACUAGUUUUCUUGAUUAUCUAUGUAAAUUUGUGUAGUAGAUGUCUUGUUUGGAGAAAUAAUUCGUUCCCUGUUGUUCAUUAAUCUUGAAAACUUACAAAACUUUGUGGGUUAAUACUGCUGUGUGGAAUUUUGUUAUUUUUUUUUCCAUAUGUCUAUCUUUAAUUCUGUUAGUUUCUACUUGAUAUUUGAUAUUGGGUAGAGAAUCAAAUUUGAUACUCUGUUGUGAUCCAUGUCUAUUUGAUUGCUUAUACGACUUUAAUAGUGCUUAAUUCUUCGAUGCUUUUGGACUUUUGAAGGGUAUGAGGGAUAAGCAUCCUGAAUGUGUAAAAUUUCAUUUGAUGAUCCUAAGUAGCUGUAAUUGGACACCUUGGUUGUAUUGGAUAGGAAGAAUUCCUGCCUACCCUGCUAACCUCACUUUUUUGUGGCCAUUAUCGAUGUCAUAAGAUACCUUCUCAUAGUGUUUUAGUAAUUUCCUGAAUUUUUCUGUCCCAAAGUAAUAAAACCAACAUGCUGUUCUGGAAAAUAAGUCUAGCACUCUAGCCACUCAUGAUAUUUCCGGUUAGUUGCUUCAGUAACAAUAACGCAUUGAAGUCCUUUUGUUUCUUAUUUACAAACUUGCAUUAUUGCUUAAUGUUCAUUUGAGUUUUACUCAAAUAACUAGAAAAACUCAUUCCCCCAUUUAUCCCAUUUCAUAAUGUCAGUUUUAUUCCUACCCUUUCCUAGGUUGAAUUACACUUUUGCAGACCGCCACUGCUUUAUAUGAUGUUCUUAGAUAAAAAUAAAAAAAUAAAAGAAACAAAAACAAAAAUAAAUGGUUAUGGGAUUCAUUGGUGAACCUGGAUCACCCAGAAUCCAUGUUGUGACUUGUGAUCUGGCAUAUUAGGUGAUUCACCAAAGAACAUGUUAUAAUAGCAAAUUUUCCCAACAUUAUCUUAUUCAAAGUAUAAUAUUGUGUUGAUGAAUCAGUUUGAUUGAAGUGUCCUUAUUUCUCUGUUCAUAUGGUUCUAUUUCUAGCUGCUGAUUUCUAGAUUUAAAAUGUUGAAAUUUAUUGGAUUGAGAUCUUGUGUUGCUGAACAUAGUCUUUUUCUUCCUUUUUGGUGGUGUACCCGCAGAUUUUGGGGCUUGUUGGUGAUUCUGUUGUACAGAAGUGUUCGUUAGUUGUACAUUUGUCCAAGAUUGUUGUAUACAUUGAUUCAUUAUUUGUAACGUACUUUGGAGCAUUGCAUGAGUGAUUACCCUCUGAUUCUUUUGUGAAGUCAACUAAAGUUCUUAUAAUUACAAACUGAGCCUCAGAAGCCUUUGGUAGGGAUUAUAGCUAGAGCUUAUUGCCUUGGUAAGUUUAUGAGCAAUCAAUACAUCAUAUUGUUACCCCCAUGUCCUUUAUUUCCAUUUUGAGAAACGUCUUUUGCAUUGCCCACACUAAAUCUUUCUUUGAACUACUUAAUUUCUUGCCUUGUAUGGAUCUCCUUUUUCAUAUUUUCCAUUAAUAAAUUUUUGCUAGUCAUAUUUAUCAGUUAAAACUUCAAACACUUUUAUGGAUAACUAGUUUUUUUCUAUGAGAGAAACUGGAUUGCUACAAUGACGAGACCUAAUUUUCUUCUAUGAGGACUCUGUAUUUUUCUUGGGCCAGAAAGAAUUUGUUUUAAUUUUCUUUUACCAUAUGAUAAUUAUUCAUUUGGGAUUUGCUUCAAGUAGUAGAUAAAUAGUUACUAGAGAAAAGUGCCUUUACAUUUGGGUAUUGUAUGUUCAGAUUUUGGUAAAGAUACAAAAUAUAGUUUCGGAAGAUAAGAUUGCUUGUCAUAGUCCAUUCCUAUUGAAGUAGUUUUAUUCAGUGUUAAGCAAUGGCACCGUUCUAGUGUAGGUCUUUUAGUUUAAAGAAUCUGUUGAGUGAUGAUUUGAUAUCCUAGUCAAAUGCUUUGUUUUGAAUCCAAGAUAAAGUUAUAUUGAUGUCUAUCAGGAAGUAACAAAAAGUAACUUCACUUUUUUUUUAAAUCUAUAAUUCAAAUGUUGCAAUUGGAACAACCUAAUAAUUUGGUUAGUUGUUCAAUUUGUGAUGUCAACAGUUUAUUCUGCUUAUCAGUCUAUUUUUUUUUUUUAAUUUUUUUAUUUCUCUUUUAUAUGGAUUUCUUUGUAGUUGAGGGAAAAAAAUGUGUCAGGUAAGUUGAACAUCUGGGGAGGGAAAAUGGUGUUAUAUAUGUCAUUUUAAAUUAUAAAUUAAUGGAUGCACCGCAGACUCAACAUAUUAGUACCCUAGAUGAAGAUUAUAUUCAUUGGCGAUUUAAAUUUCAAAAUCAUACAGAGAAAUGAUAGAAUCAAAAUAUUACAUUCUUGUUUUUCGUUUUGUGUAGGAAGGAUAGUAUAUAUAGGCUUCACUGUUGUGUGGAAAAAAGGGAAAAGGUUAUACAAUAUUUAGUCAAAGUCAAAUUUUCCCAUUUGUACUUUUUAUCGCUUAUUAAUGUUUGAGAGGGAGAAAGAAAGGACGAUAGAAUUAAAUAUAAAGGAAUACAUAGAUAUUGGGGGAAAGGAAUUAACCAGAAGUUUGAAAAAUAUUAUCAAUCAAUCUUAUCAUUGUGCAAAUUGCUGUUGUUUAUACAUGCUUGGGCACAUACAUUCACAAUAGGACAAAGCUUAAGUGGUUCAUAUGGAGUUUAUUAUAUCUAGUUUCAGUUUGUUACACGUUUAUUCUAACUCUUCUCCUUUUCUUAGAUAAAUAAAAUUGUUCUACUGUUGACCGUGUAUGUGAUUUUUAAUCUUAUGUAAAAAAAAAAUUGCGUUUAUGCUAUCUUGUUAUGAAAAAAUGAAAAAAAAAAAAAUGUCUGGUUACUUGCAUCCUUUUCUAAUUAGUUCAAUAUGAUGAGUAGUUAACACCGUGCGAAGAAGAUGGCUGGUGUUAAGAGAAGAUUAUGUAGUGAUUCAGAUAUCCAUGCUCUUCACAAAGAAUUGGAUGAAGUUUCAUGUCCUAUCUGCAUGGACCAUCCACAUAAUGCUGUUCUCCUCCUUUGCAGCUCUCAUGAGAAGGGCUGCAGAUCUUACAUUUGUGACACAAGUUAUAGACAUUCAAAUUGCCUGGACCGAUUUAAAAAAAUGAGGGACAAUUCUAAGGAGAACCAAAAUUUACCAAGUUCUCUUGUAAACACAAACAUCUCUGGUAAUAUUUUUGAUAUUAACCUUACUGUGCAAUCUGACAUGCAUGAUGUUAAUGAACUCCAUCAAAAUGAAAUUAAUACUCUAUUGUCUGUUGGACUUGCACAAGGAUCAAGACAGGGUGAUGCCCAAGAUCCAAGUAGACAUUUAGACCCACAUGAUGAAGGCAUUUUAGAAACUGCUGAUUCUGAGACCUUGCAGGACAGGGCUGUGCUUGAGGAUUUUGAUGUAGAUAAUUCAUCUGACUCAAAAUUGAACUUGAAAUGCCCUUUAUGUCGAGGCAUAGUAUUGGGCUGGGAGGUGCAUGAAGAGGCUAGAAAUUAUCUCAACAUGAAGAAGAGAAGUUGCUCAAGGGACUCCUGUUCAUUUGUAGGUGAUUAUCUGGGAUUGCGUCGGCAUGCAAGGAGAGUUCAUCCUACUUCUCGUCCCUCCGACGUUGAUCCUACACGACAAAGAGCCUGGCGACAUUUUGAGCGCCAGAGAGAAUAUGGUGACAUUGUGAGUGCUAUUCAGUCUGCUAUGCCAGGAGCUGUGCUAGUUGGUGAUUAUGCUCUUGAGAACGGAGAUGGUAUUGGUAGGUUAUCAGAUGAACAUGAAGGCAACGAUAUCAAUGCCAACAGGCCUUGGUUAACCACCACCAUCUUGUUUCAGAUGAUGGAUAGUACCAUUGAAAUUGUUAGGGAACCAAGAGCUCAUUCGAGGGCAUGGACAAGGCACCGGCGUUCAUCUGAACGUCGGCGCUAUCUUUGGGGUGAAAAUCUAUUGGGUCUUCAUGAUAACAAUGUUGAUGAUGAUCUACGUAUGUUUAGCGAUGUGGGUGAAGAUGCAUCUCCUGUGCCAAGGAGGCGUCGACGUCUGACCCGAACAAGGUCCAAUGAAGACCAACCAUGAUGAGUGCCAUCAUCUAUCUGAAUUGUUUGAUCAGCAUGCAGAACUUGUUCAAAGUUGUGUAUGGGAAAUAAAACAUGCAUUCAGGCCUAUGUACCAGCUUUGGACCCCGUAGAGUAUGCUGAAGUAGCAAGUUCAGAAUAAUCAUGGACAAAUUCUUAAACACUAGUUUCAUUGGUGCAAGUAAAAUUUCUAGAAGGACGUUUUCAAAUCCCCUUUUAAUGUUAAGGCAUUUAGCAUUUGGAACACUAAACCACUGGGUGAUUUGGAAGGUUGAGGCAUAGUUAAAUACUGGUAUUCUGUACAAGUUGCAUAGUCAAUGUUGUUCGAUCCUUACCUUUACUAAAUUGUUUGUUUUAAGCUUGGGUGUAUUGUGUGAUUCUUAUAUGGCACAUUGUAUCUUUGUUUGCUUGGAUCUCAUGACAAAAUCCAAACAAGUGCUCUCACCUGAAACAUUGUCACACGUGUGGCCUAUGCUUCAAAAUAGUUAUUAUUUCUAGGUCAUUGAAUUGAAAGGAUGAAAGGGACAAAAGAAAGUGUUUGAUUUAGAAAAGUAACUGAACUGGUCUGUGAUGUAGGGGAGCUGUCAAAACAACUUUAGUAUUUAAAUGUUUAAAUAUACUAAAUCAAGUUGAUACAAAUGUAGAGAGAGAAAGAAAAAAGUAAAAUUUGUGGGAUAAGAUUUAGUUUGUAAUUAGACAAACUUUGCA